AUGCCUGAAUUGAAGCAGAGGAAGGAGGACUUUGUCACAGGCUUAAGCGGUGGCUCAAUUGAAGAAAUUAACUGGGUUACAUCUACUGCUGUGUGUGCUUAUUUCUGCUGGAACCUGACAAGCUCGACAAAGGACUCAUUCCAGGUGGGUUACGUGAUUGACUUUUUACUGAACUGGGGAGGACUUCUGCUUGCUAUUACAAUUUACUCUGACAAUCCUUUGGGCUUGAACAUUCUUAUUUUGGUACCGUCUGUGAUCUAUUGGUUGGGUAGUAGACUAUCUAAACCAAGAGCGAAGAAAGACAAUGCCAAAAGCCAUAAACGUAGCGAAUCGAAGGAUUCUGAGUCUUCAGAGGUGCAGCUCGUUAAACGGCCAUUCAUUACAGCUUAUCGAGGUGGAAUGAUGGUAAUCACUGUUUUGGCCAUACUGGCUGUAGACUUCCAGAUAUUUCCACGUCGAUUUGCAAAAGUGGAGACCUGGGGAACCUCUCUUAUGGAUCUAGGAGUUGGAUCUUUCGUCUUUAGUAACGGUGUUGUUUCAUCGAGAACACUCCUAAAAGCUAAGAUCACCGGAAGGAAGGUCAGCCUCCUUCAAAAAAUUACCAACGCCCUCAAGUCCAGUGCAAGUAUUCUGGUACUCGGCUUGCUACGACUUUAUUUUGUCAAGAAUCUGGAGUACCAGGAGCAUGUCACCGAAUAUGGUGUUCACUGGAAUUUUUUUAUUACACUUGCGCUGCUUCCUCUGGCGAUGAUUCCAAUCGACGUGGUCACCGCAUAUGUUCCUCGGAUUGUGGUUGCAGUAGCUAUGUCCUUCGCUUGCGAUUUGCUGAUCGUUCGUAAGGAAGGCUUCUUGGGUUUUUUGAUCAACUCACCCAGACGCACUUUAGUGGAGGCCAACAGAGAAGGACUAGUCUCGUUUGUGGGUUACUGCUCAAUUUUUCUAUGGGGUCAGACAACUGGUUUCUACACACUGGUCAGUAAGGUUACAAAGAAUAACAUGUACAAUCCAUCCAAUAUGUUUGUCGGUAACGCCAAAAAUCUUAGCGGGUGGGACAAGCUGACGUCCAAAAGACCACUAAGCGGCUUACUUCUUUGGUCAUUCAUUUCGAUUGCUUUUGCGCAAGCGGUAUAUGCGUGGCAUCCUUUCAACAUUUCAAGACGUUUUGCCAAUCUUCCAUAUGUUGUAUGGGUGGCAUCUUACAAUAUUGCUGCAUUGACUCUCUAUUGUGUUGUGGACACAUUGUUUGGUAACGGACCUUCAAACUACAGAAUUCCAACUUCUUUAGACGCCAUUAACUCGAACGGUCUUUUCCUGUUUCUUUUGGCCAACGUAAGCACUGGUCUGAUAAACAUGUCCGUCCCGACUAUUGAUGUAUCACCUGUGACAGCGUUCCUCAUUUUGAUCGCCUAUGCUUCGUUUUUAGCAUUCACGGCAGCUAUACUGUUAAAGAAAGGCAUUUCUAUAAAGCUCUAG